UAAAGGUGCUCUAUUAAAUAAAUAAUAUUGGUGAUUAGAGCACAACCUUAUCGAUAGUAAUUAGUAAAGAUGGAUUAUCAAAAUCGACCUGGUGGAAAAACUGGAGGAGGUGGUGUAGCCUCCUGGUCGGAAAGUAAUAGAGACAGAAGAGAACGUCUUCGACAGCUUGCUUUGGAGACUAUUGAUCUGAAUAAGGAUCCAUAUUUUAUGAAAAAUCAUUUGGGUUCCUACGAAUGUAAAUUAUGUCUUACGCUGCACAAUAACGAAGGAAGUUAUCUUGCCCAUACGCAAGGUAAAAAGCAUCAAGCUAACUUAGCGAGAAGAGCUGCCAAAGAAGCGAAGGAAGCACCGCAGACUCUUGCUCCGGAAAAACCCAGAGUAGAACCAAAAAAAUUUGUAAAAAUUGGACGUCCCGGUUACAGAGUAACUAAACAAAGAGAUCCGGAAUCUGGUCAGCAAAGUUUGCUGUUUCAGGUAGAUUAUCCAGAAGUCGCUGAUAAUAUUAUUCCUAGACACAGAUUUAUGUCGGCUUAUGAGCAGAGGGUAGAACCACCAGACCGUAAAUGGCAAUACUUGUUAUUUGCAGCAGAACCAUAUGAAACAAUAGCUUUUAAGGUUCCAAGUAGAGAAGUUGAAAAGGCAGAAGGAAAAUUUUGGACACACUGGAAUAAAGAUACAAAACAGUUUUUCCUACAAUUUGCGUUUAAAAACGAGAAACCAUCCAUUGGAAAAGUGCCACCUCCACCAGUGCCACUUAUUCGACCAGGAUUAACACCUUCGAUGAUGCCAGUCCCUCCACCUCCCCCAAGACCGCCAAUGUUCAAUCCUGUACCACCACCACCUACUCUUUUAACGCCUGGUAUGCCAAUACCUCCACCUCCUCCUCAUAUGAGCUAGAUAUACUAAGUUUAAUCUAAAUUUGUAAUUUAAUUUUAUA